CAUGCUCAGGCUGCAGCUUCCUCAGUCCCAUAGGGUUAUUUUUCUGCAGUAUUUGUCAGCAACCGAUCCUUUGGUUAUGGCUCGUGUCCUACAGGAUGUGUUGGAUACCUUUACACCAACCAUUCCACUAAGAAUAACAUACAACAAUAGUCAAGUUCUGGCAGGUGCUGAGCUAAAGCCAUCUGCGGUUAUAAGUAAACCACGAGUCGAUAUCGGUGGCAAUGACAUGAGGACUUUCUACACCCUGGUACUGAUUGACCCGGACGCCCCAAGUCCAAGCCAUCCAUCACUAAGGGAGUACUUGCACUGGAUGGUGACAGAUAUUCCUGAAACAACUAGUGUCAACUUCGGCCAAGAGCUAGUAUUUUAUGAGAGACCAGAUCCAAGAUCUGGUAUCCACAGGCUGGUAUUUGUGUUGUUCCGCCAACUUGGCAGGGGUACGGUUUUUGCACCAGAAAUGCGCCAAAACUUCAACUGCAGAAGCUUUGCACGGCAAUAUCACCUCAGCAUUGCCAGUGCUACACAUUUCAACUGUCAAAGGGAAGGUGGAUCGGGUGGAAGAAGGUUUAGGGAAGAGUAGAG